UCCACAUUGUGCGAGGCUUCCUCUGAUUUUCUUGCCUUGAACGUUCCUCAUUGCGCAAUGCAUCGGUUACCUCGACCUCUGCGGCACACCCUCAGAUCUGUGGCGACGCGACCGCCAAAGCGAAGCUACCAUGCCUCGGUCCUACCCUCGCUGGUUCAAACCGGUUCUCCAGAAUUCCAAGAAAAGGCUGCAGCAAUGGACGGUUUGGUAGCUGACUUGGAGAGCAAGCUUGCUCAAGUGCGACUUGGAGGUGGACCCAAGGCUGCAGAGCGGAUGCGGAGCAAGGGCAAGCUGCUACCGCGCGAGCGAUUGGGACUACUGUUAGAUCCGGCUUCUCCCUUCAUUGAGCUCUCGCCACUAGCAGCCCACGAAGUUUACCCAGAGUCGAUUCCAGGAGCUGGGAUUAUUACCGGUAUCGGUCGUAUUUCAGGACGAGAAUGCAUGAUAGUUGUAAACGACGCGACGGUCAAGGGUGGCUCUUACUAUCCUUUGACUGUGAAGAAGCACUUGCGCGCACAAGAAAUUGCAAGGGAGAACGGGUUGCCGUGCGUUUACGUUGUCGAGUCUGGAGGUGCUGCUCUACCACAUCAAGCCAAUGUAUUCCCCGACAAAGAGCACUUUGGACGGAUCUUCUAUAACAUGGCCCAGAUGUCUGCUCUUCGUAUACCCCAAAUCGCUAUUGUCCAUGGCAUCUCUGUGGCCGGCGGCGCGUAUGUUCCUGCCAUGGCGGACGAAAACAUCAUCGUCCAGAACCAAGGAAGGAUCUUCUUGGCUGGUCCACCUCUCGUCAAAGCUGCUACUGGAGAAGUUGUGGAUGAAGAAACUCUGGGUGGUGGAUUGAUGCAUUCCAGCGAGAGUGGAGUUACCGAUCACCUCGCCAGAGAUGACGAACAUGCCAUUGCCAUUGCAAGAGGCAUCGUGGGUGACCUAGGGUCCGCGGGACGAAGAGGCGUGGCGCCGACUGCAGUACCGGAGGAUCCGUUGUACUCUGCCUCUGAGUUGCAUGGAAUUGUAGGCACCGAUGUCAGACAGCCUUUUGAUAUGCGCGACGUCAUUGCUCGUAUCGUCGACGGUAGUCGUUUCCGAGAGUUCAAGAAAGAAUACGGAACAACGAUGGUUACAGGCUUCGCACAUAUCCACGGCUACGAAGUGGGUAUUGUGGCGAACAACGGCAUCUUGUUUUCUCCAUCUGCUUUGAAAGCUACGCACUUUAUCGAACUGUGUUCUCAGCGUCAAAUACCGCUGCUAUUCUUGGUAAACGUUACAGGAUACAUGGUGGGAUCUAAGGCUGAAAAGGGAGGCAUCGCGAAAGACGGUGCAAAGAUGGUUAGAGCCGUGGCUUGUGCCGACGUGCCUAAGCUGACUGUCAUUGUGGGCGGUAGCUUUGGCGCUGGUAAUUAUGACGCUUUAGGAAUGGCUGGACGUGCUUAUUCCCCGAGAUUCCUGUGGAUGUGGCCCAACUCCAAAGUCUCCGUCAUGGGUUCAGGACAGCUAUCCGACGUGAUGGCCACUGUCUCAAAAGAUCCUAAACAACAUCAGAGCUUGAAGCAAGAGAUUGAGCACCAAUCUACAGCCCUAUAUUCUACUGCCAGACUUUGGGAUGACGGUAUCAUCAAACCCACAGAUACUCGUGAUGUCGUAGGACUCGCCCUUGGCCUGGUAAGCUCGCGAGGAGAAGGGUCAGGAAAGCAACAUUCGUCUACCACAUGGGAUGGCAAUAACCAUGGGUUUGGCGCGUUCCGUAUGUAA